AUGAUUCGUCGAGAUGGACAAUUAUCUUUAGCACGAAAAGAUGAACGUUGGCAAAUAUUACAAGAACUUGCUAAAGAAUUAUUAACAGAUUUUACAAAACCAAUUCGUGUUACAUUAAAUAUUAAUAAUGAAAAGAAAACAUUUGAAUUUGAAGUAUUGAAUCUUGUUCGACAAGAAAAAAUUCGUGAUAUUUUUUUUGAUUUUAUUAAUGGACAAACUGGAAUACGACUAAGAGAUCCUAUUCGAGUUAUUGAAACUUUAUUUAAACAAAAAAUUCGUAACGAUUUUGUUUGUAUAAAAAAUAAAUUCUAUAGUAGACGUCAACAACUCAUUGAUCUUAUCGAAACAACUCAUGCUGGUCGUCUUCUUCGAUAUCGAGUAAAAGGUUUUGGUAAAUCUGCAAAUCAAUUAACAUUUAAUCUUCGUUCUGAUAAAGAUCAAACAACAACAACAACAUCUAUGAAAUCUGAAAAUGAAUUAACAUUUGAUGAUUCUAAUGGUUACCAAUCAACAAUAGAAUUGAAGAAAUCAGUUAGUGUAGCUGAAUAUUUUACUAAAAAAUAUAAACGAUUACAGUAUCCUAAUCUUCCUUGUGUGGAUGCUCGAAAUGGAAAUGAAGAAAAAACAAAUUGGUUAUCAAUGGAAGUUGUUAAGGAAAGUUCUUUAAGACCACUUGAUAGUGUUCAACGUGCUCUCGUUUCAAAAACAACAAUUGUUAAACCAGAUAGACGAUAUGAUGAAAUUAUGAAAAUUGUACGAUAA